AUGGUGGAGGAAGCCUGGCUUCUUAUACAUCGGGGAGCACGACUGGAUGCCGACAAUGAUGACUGUGGUAACCGGCCAAUACACGAAUUAAUAAUAGACAGAGAUUUUGGAUCAAGACGGGUAAGAGACACGAGCAGAAGAAUGUUAUACCACAUGAUCCGACAAGGGGUGGAUCAAUCAGCAAAAAAUAGAGAAGGUCAAGCAACAAUCCACCUAGCCGCAAAGCAAUGUAUAUGGGACUUAUUCAACGUCAUGCUGGAGGAAGGCUCAACAAUCAACCUAGAAGACGACAAUGGAAGGACAGCAUUAAUCUACGCAGUAGAAGGAAGACAAGAGGGAAAAGUGGAUAAACUACUUCGGAUGGGGGCUGGAGUUAAUCACACUGAUAACCAAGGAAUGACGCCAUUGAUGAUGGUCUUUAACAAACGGGUAGACUACGUCCACGCAAUAAGAGAUGGCUGGAGCAAUGAGUACACAACACUCUUCAAUAUUGCAAAAAUUUUUGUUGACCUUUGGAGCAAAAACAUCAAUGCUAAGACAAAAAAAGGAAGGUACGUCCCGCAGUUCAGCAGGUAUCACAGAGAAGUAGCCAACAUGCCAACGGGUUACGACUCUAGCAUCCCGAGGAAUACAAGGAACCACGGAACCCGCGGUCAGACACAAGUACGCGACCUAAUCAAAUGCUGGCUUUUGAAGUGGCGGGCAGGAGGCAAAGAAAUAGUAGAAAAAUUAAAAUCAGAAAUAGCAUGUGUUGAGAAAAAAUUCGAAGACAACGAACGCGAAGUACUGAACGAAAUGGAGAUUAUGAAAAGUACACCUACGACAAAACAGUCGAUAACCUUGUUUGACAUCUGGAGGGCUUCAGAGGAAUAG